CUUAAAACCCGAAAUACGAGCUCCGUCCGACUCCAAUGGCGGGUGCUUCUCGCGCCAGCCUCUCCUUCGCCUCACCGCCGGCCGUAACCACCGUCGCUUCCACCUCUGGCGGCAGAUUCCGGCUCCGCCCAAUCCUCGUCGCUUCCUCGUGCCCUUCAUUUCCUUCGAGGUCGCUACGGAGGAAAAAUUACCUGCGUCCUAAAAUCCUCAAAACCCUAACUAAACCCUCGCCAACCGCUCCUCCUCUUCCGGAGAUUGCUGCACCAGCUGAAGAAUUGGAACUCCCCGUCGCUCCUCCUCCUCAAUUGGAGCAAGUUGACGAUGCUCCCUUGGAUGAAGCCCCGAAGGAGGAAGUUUUACCCGCCGGAGAGAUGGAAGAAGUUGAGAGUUAUCGUGCCUUGGAGACUGUUGAUAAUGCUGGAAAUCUUGGGGGCUCAAUUGGUAAGCUACCUGUGAAUUCAGUUUUGAAGUUUGCUGUCUUUUUGCUGGGCUGCUUCGUACUUGAGACGGCAGUUGUUGUGCUGUUUUUUGGAAGCCCCGAGAAGGAAGAGAGGUUGAGAAGUUUGGAUAAGAGAAGGAAUUUAGGGUCUCAGUUUGGGAAUGUGGGUUACAUUGGUGAUGAUGGUGAAUUGGAAGAGAAGGUCAAUGAGAUUAGGGCCAUGGCGAGGGAGGCGAGAAAGAGUGAGAAAUGGCAGGUGGUGGAAAGUGAGCAAGAGAUUGGGAUUGAGAAGGAAGUGAGUGAACGGUUGGUGAAGCUGCAGAAGAAACUGGAUUCCAAGAGGGAUAAGUUGCCUGGACCGAUUGUCGAUUCUCUGGGGCUGUCGGCAAAUCACGAAGACGAUGUAGUUGGAGAAGAUGAAUCUGUGCCAUUGAUGUUCAAGAAAAAGCCUAGAUUUAGAAGCCCGUCAGUCAAUCCCAGGGGCACUCCAAAGGGAUUCUCGGGUUCGGUAAGAGGAAAAGACCUCAAUGGUGCAUCGAGACAGGGUGGUUUCGGGGUUAGUAAAAAUGAUAAGAGCAUGAAAGCUGGGAGUUCUGGAACGAGUUCAUUGAGAAAUGGCGGGAAUUCAAGAAAGGAAAGCGAAUCUGGUGCUGUCCAGGAAGCUACUGAAGGGGUACCUACGACUGAAGUUACCAAAUCACAGAGAAGCGGUAUUGAGAACUAUAAAAUUGGGAGUGUGACGAGAGACAGACAGGAAACCAACAUUAACCCCGACAGCGCAGAUUCUUUGAGUGGCGAUGGUGGAGUAGAUGGCACACAGAAACCUGUGAAGAGUAACUUGAAGGAUAAAAAGGCAGAUCUAGAGACGAAUAUAUGGUGGUCAAAGCUACCUUAUGUUAUGGCUAUCCUUAUGCGCAGAGGGGUGGAAGAUGAAGGAGAAGAGGGCCUUUUUGUUGUACGACAAAGUUCUGAGGCAGCCAACGAAGGGAACUCUUACACUCUUGCAUUUCAAGACCGCUCGGAUGCAAAUAACUUUUGCUUUCUACUUGAAUCUUUUUUCGAGGGUUUAGGUGACUUCAGUGCUGAUAUUGUUCCACUAUCAGUACGAGAACUUACUGAGGCGAUGAAAUCAGAUACCAAGAAAGUACUUGUUGUGAAGAAGGGCCAACUUAAGCUUUACGCUGGUCAACCAUUCAAUGAAGUUGAGAGGGCUUUACAGUCUCUGAUUGAAGAGAAUCAAAGCGAAUAACUGUCAGGUGGUCAGUUUACAGGCUCUGAUUGAAGAGAAUCAAAGCGAAUUAUUGUCAGGUGGUCAGUUUACAGGCUCUUGGUAUUCUUUGUUGUCUGAUGACGAGCUUCUCCUUAUGGAUUCACCGAGUUUUGUAGACUAUAGAAACGAGGAAAGUUUGCUUUUCUUUUGAGACAUCAUCCGAGACCAUAUAUUAGACUGGCAGCUUAUAUUCAGUUAUUGAGAAGUUUGAUAUCGAUCGACUAGUGAGAACUUGUUGUGAACUGUGGCUUGUGUUCAUAUACAUGAAACUGCAACCCAACAAUGUGCACGCAAAUUUUAUCAUUGAGAAUCAUGUAAAAGAGUAUUACAUAGACUGAGAAUUCUGAAACCAUCAUCUCUACAUGUAGAAAAUUUCAAUAGCUUUUACUGUCAUCUACUGCAAACAAUGAAAAUCCUGUGCAGUCAUCUCUUGUACCAGCAGUGAUUUUGGUGAACCAGCAGUGAUCUUGAUCAGAGACUGAGCAUGCACAGGCGCUAAAUACGAUUCGCAGAAGCUCUGCCAUAUCUCCUGCUUCUGCUCUUCAUCUCUUGUAUACACUUCAUAGACAGAAACGACGAUAUUCCUUGCAGCUUCUCUCGCUUCAGGUAGUUUAUCAUUCAGCAACCUUAUAGCCAUUUCAGCCAGUGGUACAAACCCGAAUUCCUUCAUCUCUUCCAUACCC